GUUGAUGAUGGAUGAAUGGAAGCCAAAAUGUUCAAAUAAUUAGCGACAUUACUGAGUGUUCAUUUAGUUGUUGCAAGUGAAAUUGGAAUUGUUUGGCCUUGCACACUAUUGGCUGCAGGUCAUGCCCAAGCAUGGGGAUUGAUUAUCGUCUGUCCUUCAGAAAGCUGGCAACGGGAGCGCUGUGCUCGGUGGCUGCAUCGCUUGUGAUAUGCGUGACGAGUGGACUCUAUUUUGGGUUCAGCAAAGUCACCCAGACACAUUGCCGGUCGUAUGAAUUCCUGCCCUCGCUCAGCGCCGUGCUUGACUACAAUGGCUAUCACAGGAUCAUCACGCAGAUACCUAUUUUAAUCCAUUGUAUUUUCCACUCGGUGACUAUACUGCUUGCGUAUCGACACCACCAGUCGAAUUCGACGCGCAUCAGCCUUCUCGCGAUCCGUAGCUAUUCGCCCUGGGCAGGCUUGCUAAAUCUAUUCAUUGCCGUGGUGGAUGCCGUCAGCCUUGGGGGACUGCUCACGCUGGCGUUCAUCACCUCCUCGCUAUACUUUGCUGUUCACAAGAAUGGCAUGAUAGUGUUCAUGUUGGCCACCACCCUGCAUAUGGGCCUGGGUUCGUAUCAGCAAUGGUCGCACUCUUCCUUCUCCAGCAAGGCACCAGGCCAGAAAGAACAACAGCAGCAGCAGCACAUCCAACUGCAGGUGGCGAAGUCACUGCGUACCAAGCUGUUCUGCUGUGCCAUCAGUGUUCUGUGUGUAUUCGUUGGUGGUGCGCUGUACCAGAACCACAACGCCUACUGUAAAGCCUACUCCUACAGCAUGUUUGCUGUGUGCGAGUACGUGGCCGUCAGCAAUGCCCUGGUGUUCCAGCACUCGAAAGUGUGCGACCUGCCUCGCAUGCACUUGUCGCUGUCCUACUCCGACUCAAUCACGUAACAGCGGUGCUGCGGUGGCAGCGUGGUGUCACGCACCGUUUCCAGUUGUGCACUGGGAUGCUGUGGAUUGUGUACGGUCGUGAGAGGUAGCGGAGGACACUCGGCCAGCGGUGGUUCCGACUGUUGCCAGCCCCUGUAGCUAAGUUACAUCAAGCACUGUAGUGUUCUGCGGCGGCGCCGUCGGGCUGGUCGGCCCUGCGCACCAGGUCAGCUACAGGGGGAACUCAUCACAGCACUGCUUACAAGUAGUCUUCAGCGUCGUGUACAGUGCUUGCUAGCGGUCAGCACGGCACACAGUUGUAUGCCCUUGCAGGUACAUGUACAGUUGCACCUCACGUGUAGAGAGCUUACUAGCGCACUUGCACCCAACGUGUACAGCGCUUACUAGCGCAAUUGCACCCACUAGGCAACUGACGUUUGUUGUACAAUGCACAGACGUAAUGCUGUCCACACUGACCAGUGACUUGCCCUGCAGGUCACUGCUACUAGUACUUAUACUGAUAACGAAACGCACUGUUUGCUCAUCACAUAGCAUUGAUCUUGCUGUAGCCAAGUUGACCAGCCUCUUCAAGUCAGAAUUUUGUUCCGGGCAAUGAGAGUUUACGUCUAACUUCAAUAUAUUUUUACUGUUGGACAUUGACACAGGAUUUCUUCCUCACCCUGACCAGGUGCGCUGAUUCCAGCACCCAUCGACCCCCAUUGCCCCCCCCCCCCCCCUUUCCGGAGCUCCCUCGGGCUUGAUUUUUAAUUUACCUUUCGUUUUCAACUUUUUAUUAAAAAUUUGAAAGACUG